CAUCAAUAUGUUCAACCACUCGCUCAACAUGUUCCUGGAAUCUCUGCCCCUCUUCCCACUCCUUUGGUUCCAAGGCGGCGAACCACAGAUCGUCUUUCCCACUAUCGAUCCAUCUUUGGUUGUCAAUAAUUCAGUCGCAACGUGUGCGGCCUACAGCAUCACUCGCUCCACGUCUCCAGCGACUCUCAGCAAUACCUACCACUCCCAGAAGCAGAAGAGAGACAAGCCGUUAUUAACCCUAAUCGAAGGUGUACGCGUACCGAGUACCAGUCCAGUGUACGGCCCCAUCUCGGUUUCCGCCAACCAGACCCAGACAGAACCACUGCUCAUCGUGGAGACCCGUCCGAUGCCCGGGAACCUCCCAGAGUCCACAGAUCCACCCACAGACCUGCAGCCUUAUGCUCCUGUUAUAAGUACGUCGAUGACUGCGGAAGAUGACAGUUUCGAUUGCCGCCCGGUAGGAGAUCGAUAUACAUGCACCCCAGCCACUACGUAAGAAUCCAUCUACAGCCAUGUUAAUGAUUGUGUGCUAAGAUCUGGAUUAGACGCAAUCAAACUACAAUUACC